CUGCAACCUAAUCACGACAAUUCACGAACACAAACCAAAGUACUGAACCAACUUGCCUACCAUUCAUCGUCAUUGUGGUUUCAAUUUGCAUAGAAAACUGUUCAUAAUCCUCUUUCUCUCUCUGAGAGAACGAAGGAACAGCGACAAUAAUGCAAACGUCGUCGAAGACCAUCUCUGCGGCUCUGCAACUGGUGGACGCCAAGAAAGAGAAUUUGAAGAAAGCCUACGACGAUCUCCAAUCCCAUUCCUCUCUCCUCUCUUCCUCCUCCUUCCCUCUUUCUUGGUCGCAAAUCGACUCCCACUUCACCUCCCUCCACAACUCCCUCUCUGAACGAUUUCACCUUCUUCAGACCCUCGAAUCCCAACAGCAGCACACUCACCCACCUUCCUCUCCCUCCAAAGAUCCCACCUUUCCACCCUCCCGCUCCGACCCAUCAUCGCAAAACGACGUCACAUUGCCCAAACCCCACGCGGAACGCAUUAUCGCCCUCUGCAGCAGCGUGGACGGAAAAGGGUUGCGGGACUACGUUGGGGAUCAUUUCAAAGACAAGGUUGCGUUCGAGGUUGACCUUCAGACUGCCCUCAAGCGUGCUUCCGAUCCCGCUUCGAUGAUUCUCGAUGCACUGGACGGUGUCGUGGGUGCGAAUGUGGUGAAAGAUGACAAGGAAUUGCGCAAAAGGAAGCGGACUUGUGGGUUCUUGUUUCAGCAGUUGAGGGCUGCGUCCGUUCAUGUGAGUUUUAAGGUGCUUAAGAGAGCAAGGAGGUUGUGUGUGGAGUGGAAGGGGAGCUUGCCCAGUGAAGGUGGUGAAGGUGUUGGGGCCAUGACUUUCUUGCAGUUUGUGGCGGCUUAUGGGUUGUUAUCUGAAUUGACAGAUAAUGAGAUUCUCACUUUCUCUGCCAUGGCUGCUGCUAAUGAUGAUCUUCCCGAGCUCUACCGAAGUAUCGGUUUAACGGAGAAAGUCCCAGGUCUUAUUCAGAAACUUGUUGACAGGUGCAGACAUAUUCUGGCUGUCAAGUAUAUUUUUGAGUUCAAUCUUGCGGAUAAGAUUCCACCGAUUCCCAUUUUGAAAGCUCACGUGAAUGAAUCUCAGAAACUUGCUAAAAAACUUUCUGAGGAAGGGAAGUCACUAAAUGAAAUCACAGCCAGAGAAGUCCAUGCUCUGAAAUCGGCAAUCAAGGUUAUUGAAAGUCAUAAUCUUCAAUCGCAAUAUCCACCUGAAAGCCUUCAACAGCGUUUAGAACAAUUGACGAAGCAAAAGGCAAAUUUAAAAUAUGCUGCAUCGGCUUUUUCUGCAAGGCCCCCCUCUCAUCAGCAGCAACAAAGUGGGAUCAAGCGUCCUCGAAUUUCUGCCCCCAUUGGUUCUGCAGCUGUCCUGAAUAGUGUCGGUGGUGCCAGUUCAACUGCUCACCACUACAAACAUCCUCAUUUCCAGUCAUCAGGUUUGUUGCCGGAGCAACGACCUUUUUUCCAUUCACCAGGUUUGUUGUUGGAACAACAACCUCAUUUUCAGUCAUCAGGUUUGUUGCCUGAUCAACAACCUCGUUUCCAGUCACCCGGUUUGUUGCUGGAACAUCGAAGUCCCUACAUUAACUUGCCAACCAUGUCAUAUGGCAUGAAGGCUCCAACCCCAACCAUCUUGCCUUAUACAGGCGCUGCAACUGGGCCUUAUGGUCUUGAUGAUGUCCCAAUGGGUUCCAGUGGUAACCUCGGUCAACGUGGUUCUCAUCCAAAUUCAUCAGAGCCACUUAUGCCGUCUGGUUAUCAUGAUAGUGUCUCUGCCUAUGGUGGUUAUGGUCAUCAGCGCUAUCAUCGAACAUCUUAUCCUCAGUAGUUCAAGAAAUUGCUUUUACUUUUGAAUACUAAACUCCUGGCUUGGUGGCUUUGGUAUUAGUUUUUCAUUGACUUUGCA